AUGGUGGCGGCAGCCGGGGAGCUGGGGCCGCUGCUGGAGGAGGGCCUCGACGAGGGCCCGGAGGACCCGCCGAGCCGCUCCACGGCCGCCGCCGGCGGGGGCAGGUGGGCGCCCGGAGCACGGUUGGGCGCCGCCUUUCUGGCGAGCGCCGGGCUGGCGGCCCUCUGGCUAGCUGUGCGUCCAGGACGGCACCGCUCGCGCGUCGCAGAGGCGGGCGUCGUGGGGCUGGCCGAGGACUCAGGCCGCGAGGUGCGGAUGGCACGUCUGAAGGACAUGGGAGCCCACAGGUGGGGCGUGAACAUCCACUUCACGGGCUCCCACCCGGCAGAGAUGGCGGCGCUCGCGAAGGCCUUCAAGACGGUGCGUAUCGACCUGUUUUGGCACCGCGUGGAGAAGGCCAAGGGCACAUUCGACUUCAAGCAAUACGAGGAUCUCUUGGCGGAUAUGGAGAACAACGACCUCCAGCCCUUGUUUAUCCUCUGCUACGGGAACCAACUAUACGGCUGCAAAGAUCAUCCACGCACACCUUCGUGUCAAGAGGCGUUCACCAACUACGCGGUAACUUCGAUGGCGCACUUCGCGGGCCAUGGCAUUAUUUGGGAAUUCUACAAUGAGCCGAACGGCUUCUGGGCGGACUGGGGGCGGCUCAGGAAGGAGACCAAGAGAGAAUAUCCCGCGCUGGUCAACAACGUAAUGAAGCGCGUGCGAGGGGAUCCAGCCAUAGCCAACGAGGUAGUUAUUGGGCCCGCCACUUCAGGGGUCGACGUAGAUUUCAUCUGUUCCACGGGCAACGUCGGCGGCCUGGAUCGGUUCGACGCCAUCUCUGCACACCCGUAUCGGAGAGACGGGCCCGAAAGUGUGAUUGAGUCGUGGAAAGAAUUGAGGCAUAGGCUCGAAGGUUACCCGUUGGUCGCCAAUGUCCCCUUCGUCAGCAGCGAGUGGGGCUGGGCCACCUGUGGUCACCCAAUGGGCGGGCUCCCCGAGUCGUGCCCGCCGGGUGGGGGCGGCACUGGCGACGUCAUCUCUGGACCAGAGCAGGCCGCGAGGCUCGCGCGCCAGUGGCUGAUCAACGACAAGGUUGGCAUCUCGUUCAGCAUCUGGUACGACUGGAAGAACGACGGCGACAAGCCGAUGAACGCAGAGCACAACUUCGGGGCCACGCUGUACAAUGCCGACUACACCAGGGAGCCCCACACGUAUGCCAAGCCUUCGUACCUGGCAGCGAUGACGUUGCAGUCGUUGCUGAGCAGCCUCGUCUACGUGAACAACCCAUGUGAUGCUGACGGCAUCUUCUGCUUGAGGUACAGGCACCGCAAUGACCCAGACGGGCAGUACGACAAGUACGCCGUUUGGACCGUCAAGCAAGAGGGUGACAUGUCGUUGGAAAUACCCUUGAAGGAGUGCAUGAAGGUUGUCGGCCUGUUGGGCCAGAACUUGGGCAAGUGGGACUGCGACGGCUGCUCCAAGAUCGUCCACACCGCCUGCCCCGAGGGCGGCAAGGUGAAGAUGCACGUCUCUUCCUUCCCCGUCUACCUCGUCCCAGACUCCGAGGUGGACGCCGCAGGAACGCCCAUGGUCGCCGCCACCGUGGCACCCACACCGGCGCCGACGGCCGUACCCACGACUGUGCACACCGCGGUGCCUACCCCGCCUCCCGCUGCGGCCACCACGGACGCGCCCCCGUGGCUGCCCGCUGCUGCGGCGACGAGCCUGCGCCCGAAGGAUGCAGACGUCGUCCGUUUCUUGAGGUCGGAGGAGGCCGCUGACAUGCGCGCAGACCGGGUGGCCUGGCUGCGGUCCAUGGGCUCUCACCGUUGGGGCGUUGGCCUGGACGUCAGCACCUUCGAGCCGGGCGAUGAAGCCGAGCUGGCGGGCGUGUUCUCCAUCGCCCGCGUGGUGGUGUCCUGGGCCGCCGUGGAGGAGGAGAAGGGCGCCUACGACUUCGCCAAGUACGACCACGUCGUCGGCCGGCUCAAAGGGCAGGGCGUCGGCGUCGUCGCGUCGCUGUGCUGCGGGAACGAGCUGUACGGCUGCGGAAGGUAUCCCAGCGGCGGCUCCAUGUGCAGGGACGCUUACGUAGCCUAUGCCAAAGCCACGAUAUCGCACUUCCGCGGCCAGAACGUAAUCUGGGAGGUCUUCGACGAGCCGAACGCAGCGUGGGCCGACGGCGAGGGCACCGGCGAGGCCGCGGCGCAGUACGCCCUCGUGCUGGACGCGUUGGGGCAAGCCGUCCGCUUGGACGCGGACACCUCCAACGAGAUCCUCGUAGGUCCCGCGACUGCUGGCAUCGACACGGGUUUCAUCUCCGCCGUGGGUGACACUGCGGCCUUCAAGUGGCUGGACGGGCUCUCCGUCAAGCCGGCGCCGUGGCACGGGUCGGACCCUGGCACGUUCUUCGCCCUCUCGCAGCUGGCGAGCAAGUACGCUCCUGAUGGCCAGGCGGCCCCAGCGCUCCUCAGCACCUCCUCUGGCUGGCCGCCUGUAGGGCUGCUGCGCGCGGCCGGUGUCGAGCUCCGCGCCGCCGCGGUGCCGAAGCGCGGCGCGGCGCGGCUCGGGAGUCCUUCGUUCUCGGGCCGGGAAGGUGGCCACGUGGAUGGCGGGUUGGGAUGGCCGGCGGCUGGGUGGGGCCGCCCUGCGGGCACGCCUCGUGGCACGCCCAUGGAGCGCCUGAUCUGGGCUGCCGCCGCGCGCCCGGUUUCUGUCUUUCGCUCAAGCCCCGCCGGCUCUGUGGUGGCCGCGGACCCGGGAGGGAUGGUGCCGCUUGAGGAGCAGGCCUCUCGGCUGGCGCGGCAGUGGCUGGUGCACGACGCGUGCAACGUGUCGGUCAGCCUCUGGAGCGAGUGGAAGGACAGCGGCGACCCAUGGGAGCCGAACGCCCUCGGAUCGGGUCGUGGCAAGUGCAAGUUGCGUCUCCGCCCGCGCUGUCGCUGGCCGCCCGCCUCUCUUUCGGGCGAGGACGGCCAGCUGCCCUCGGACAACUACGGGGUCGUGCUGCGCACCGCUGCGCCGUUGCGUCCGAAGCCCGCCUACUUCGCGGCGCUGGCCAUAAAGACGCUGCUUGGGCGCAAGGCGCUCGUGGCGAGCUGCAGCACGGACGACGCCAGCCUGCGCUGCCUUGUCUACGCCGCCUCGGGCGGCGCCCGCAGCUACGCUGUGUGGUCGGUGGCCGCGGACCAGCCGCGGGGCCUCGGGCUGCAGCUGGGCACGUGCCUCGCGUUGGUUGACAUGUCGCUCACCCAGUUGGGUCGGCUGUGUCCCGGCCAGGAGAGCAAGCCUUCCGCGCUACGCCUCAGCCUCAGUACCUGGUCCCUUGCGAGGAGAGGCCCCCUCCGGCAAAUGUGAGGAUACCGCCACGUCGGCCUGAGGGCCGCAGAACGGCCCUCUGUCGCUCGG